AGAAACAAUACACGCCCCAGCUCUAGUUUGCAGGAGGCAAAAGGAUGGAACUGGAAAGAAUUCAUCCGCCAUCACUCAGCCGCAAGUAGCUCCGGGCUGGAAAAAAUCUGAACUGCUAGGAAGAAGAACCGAGCUCAAAAUACUCUGCAUAUUGGCAUUUUCGCAACCGGCGGUGAUGGCGCCAGCAGUGGUGUCGGAAGUGACGGCAGCGCCGGCGGCGGAAGUGGCAACGAUGGCGUUGGAAGUGGAAGCGUCGGAAGUGGUUGCGGCAUUAUUUGGAGUGCUAGAGGCGGUUGUGGAAUCUAGGAUUUUAGAUAGCUUGUUUAUUUUUUGAUUUUUAAUUGUAAAUAGAUUUAGAAAUUCAUUAAGGGUAAUUUUGUAAAGUCA